CAGAAUACUUGUAGAAAACACGUUUCCAGAUUCAAACAGGUUGCUGAUUUUACACAUUUCUCCUGUUUUUUCAUGAAUAAGUAUAGUUCCAUUUCACUAAUCUUGCUUUUUAUUUAGAUUUAGAAAUUUUGAAUAUCAACGGGACCAGUGUUUUCAAUAAAUAAUAUUACUAUUAUGAAUUUAAAUGAAUGUGUUUUAAAUCGCAGAAUCAAAUCUAAACCUAGAUUAAAGUUUAUCGCUACUGGAAAAUGUGAAGAACAAGAUAAUAACGAUCGAAAUUUGACUAGACCUGACAGUUCGAGAGAAUGCCUCUCUGAGCCAAUGGAACUUACAAAAACUAAUAAAAAAAAAUCAACCCUAUUGUCAACUUCAAACUGGGGAAGUGGCGGCGCAAGUGUUGCAACAUCUUCUUCAAACCGACGAUCGACGAGUUCAAAAAUUCCUAGUGAAACUCAAUCAAGGACUAUUGUUGCUUUAACAGAAGGCAGAGGACAAGCCAGAUGUGAAGUUGGAAUAGCAGUUAUUAAUUUAUCAAGUCCUGUUUUGGUUAUAUCCCAAAUAUCAGAUUCGCACACUUAUAUAAAUACUCUAACAAAAAUUAACAUUUUCAAUCCCACAGACAUAUUAUUUCCUCAAACUUUUGAGAAUGUUCAUGGAAAUCGAUUAAUGACAAAAAUUAAAACACAAUUUCCGAAAAUUAAAUAUAAUGCGAUACAUAGACGUUUAUUUAAUAAAUUGAAUGGUUUAGAUAUGCUUUCAAAGCUGUGUAUACCAUCUUUAAAUGGAAUCGUUUUAGUUUUGCAACACAGAUAUUAUGCAUUAGCUGCUACUUCCGCUUUACUAAGUUAUAUUCAAGACAAUUUAUAUAUUUACUAUGCAGCAGGAACUAUAAAAAUUGACUACCAAGAAUCAGAAGGGUAUGCUCUAAUUGAUGUAGCCACAGCUGAUCGUUUAGAAUUGGUUUGUAGCGCAAAACCUUCUCAAGCCAACAAACAUUCCAGUCUUUUAGGCAUCUUGAAUCAUUGUUACACUAAAAUGGGUACCAGAAUGUUGAGAUCGUGGAUACUUCAACCUCUAUUUAACAUUUCUUAUAUUCAAGCUAGAUUGGAUUGUGUCGAUGAACUGAUGAAAAAUCAAGAAGUUUUAUCGCAUUUACAGAUUUUGUUACAAAAAUUAUGUAACAUGGAAUCUGUACUAAACAUAGCGACUUUAGUACCACAGGAUCCAUACAAAUGUUCCAUCCGUCAAGUAAAUUACAUUUUAAAUUUACGCAGUAUCGUAGAUUUGAUAAAUCCACUAAGAGAAAUUAUUUUGGUUUUGAAACAACCGUUUUUCGUUAGGAUACGAAACACUUUGGAAGAUUCAUCAUUUGUUAAAAUUAGAGAGAUGAUUGGAGAGUUUUUGACUGAAGAAGCACAACCAACUAAAAGCCAAUUGGUUAAUCACCAAUGGUGUUAUUCCAUAAAACCAAAAAUUAACGAAUUAUUAGAUGUCGUAAGAAAAAUUUAUUGCGAAAGAGUUAAUGAUAUGAAAGAUUAUGUACGCAUGUUAGAAGAAAAAUACAAUUUACCUUUUACUCUUGGAAAUAAUCAAAAAAAGGGAUAUCAUAUAAUAUUAAAUAUAAAUAGACAAGAAAUGAAGACAUUCAAGAAAUGUGACUUACCUGACGAAUUCGUUGAAAUUCAAUCUUCAAGUAAUGCUUUUACAAUGAAAACGCCAGAAUUGGUCAAUAUUUCUACACGAGUUGAUGUUAUUUUAGAUGAUAUUUUAAAAAUAAGUAAUGUGAUUGUUCAUAAUAUAAUAGUUAAUGUUAAACAAUACAUACCUUUGUUUAAUAAAUUUUGCGAAGAAGUUGCUCAAUUGGAUAUCUAUCAAUCGUUGGCUCAAGCAAGUUUAGAAAAUAACUACAUUCGUCCCGAUUUUGGGGAUUACACACAAGUUAAAAAUGGUCAACAUCCAAUGUUAAAUGUUUUAAUGCCUUCAAAAUCGGUUGCAAAUAAUAUAUUCUGUUCUGAUGAUUACAAUGUACACAUUAUUACUGGUCCCAAUGGAUCUGGAAAAAGUAUUUUUAUCAGACAGGUUAUACUAUUGCAAAUAAUGGCACAAUUAGGUAGUUAUAUACCAGCAGAAUCGGCAAUUUUUAAACCAGCAAAUAAAAUGUGUGCUAGAAUUAAUUUGGACGAUAACAUGGAAUACAAUGCAUCAUCUUUUGUACUAGAGAUGAAAGAAAUAAAAUAUAUAAUGAGUACGAUGACGAAUGACUCGCUUAUUCUGAUAGAUGAGCUGGGUCGAUCUACGUCUGUAGAAGAAGGCGUCUCUGUAGCAAUGGCGAUUUUGGAAAAAUUAUCAUCCUUUCGAUCGCAUAUUUUUAUUACAACACAUUUUUCUAUGCUGGGAAAAUUUUCUUCUAUUUAUCCAUACAUAAAAACCUGGCAAAUGGAAACAAUUCCAAUUGGGACCAAUCCGAAAACUUUAAAAUUAAAUUAUACAUACAAUAAAACAUCAGGAUUUACCCAAAUUAGCCGAUAUGGGGUAUACAUUGUACGAAAUAUAUGGCCAGAUGAGAUUCUUAAAAUCGUCGAUGAUUCUAUAGAUCGAUUAGAAACCCAACAAUAUGAAUCAAUAUUUUACCCAAUGGAUGAAAAGGCUGUAGUAAAAUAUAAUAUAGAGAGCAAUCUAAGGCUAUUAAAAGAAAAACGGUUACUGUCUAUUCCAAAAAUUAAAAAGAUUAUUACUGGAUACAAAGAAAAGCUGAAACGACUUAAUUAUAAUAUCAAAGAUAUUACUUUUUCGAUUAAUACAUCAAAACAAGAUCCCAAAUUAACAAGUCCAGAAAAUGUAAACACGGAUGGGGAAUAUUUGCUGCAACAACAAGAAGAAGAACAACAAUUUGAAAAUAUAUUUCCUUCUAAUUUUACUAAAGAAAAUCACUCGUUUAAUUUACAGGAAAUUCCAAACUUUGAUUUCUCAGACAAACAUUCCAUUAUUGUGAGUAAAGAAAACUCACUCAACUGCAGCUAUUCAACUGAAAAUUCCGAGUUUAUUAAAAUGCUUCAUCCUAUAAUUGAUAUCAACGAAUCUUGUCCCGAUGGAUUAGACUUCCAACGAUUACUUUCUACUAGUAAAAUAAUUGAAUCGCCCAAUUUUAAUUCAAUAACACACGAUUUUUUGGAUAAUAACUUAGUUACCGAUCUAUCAGAAGCUUUGACUUCUCCUCCUCGAUAUUUUAAAGAUAUUUCAAGUAAUUCCUCUAAUGUCAAAACUAUUUCACAUAAAAGAAAUAAAUCGCCUGUCAAAUAUAUAUCACCAAUAGUUAAUAUUGUCCAAGGAUUAAAUAAUACUACACUGUCAAAUAGUUCCUUUGAUGAUAUCCCAAGAAACGACUGUAUGAAUUUGGAAAAUAAAAUACACCAAAAGGAAAAUAAUACAAGUACUAUAAACAGAAAUGACAGUCACAUUUCUAGUGAUCCAGCCGUAGUAACAUCGAUUUCCGGACUUAAUAAUAGUACCUCGAAAACUGAUCAAGAAUUGCCCAGUCAUUUACAAUCACACACUAUUGUAAAAGAUAUAGACGAUCAUAAUCUAAGUCGGAAAGAUACCAGCUCUUCUGAUAAUCCAGAUAAUGAUAAUGUUUCAUCUGAAUAUUCCUAUCGGAUUAAAGACCAAAAAUUCAAUAGUUCCAUUAAAGGAAGAACACUUGAUACUCUUCCCAAUCACAAUAGUUCCAUUGAAAAAGGAGAAACUAUACAAAACAGCAUCUCUUCUUUAUCUAACAAGAAAAUGGACGACUUCCCAGAACAAGACUCUAAAUUAAAUCAACUUUCCAUAAAUCAAACCAUAAUUUCCGAUUUAACUACAAAGCUUACUCUCUAUACUAAUUCUUCUGAUAAUUCAAAUAGUGUUUCUUCUGAAUAUCCCAAUCGAAUUAAAGACCAAGAAUUUAAUGUGAUUCCCAUUCACAAUAGUUCCAUUAAAGGAAGAAAACUUGAUACUCCUCCCAAUCAUAAUAGUUCCAUUGGGACUCCAAUAGCUGUAGAAAAAGGAAAAACUUUACAGAACAGUAUCUCUACUUUAUCCAACAAAAAAAUUGACUACUUCCCAGAACAACACUCUAAAUUAAAUCAAUUUUCUAUAAAUCAAACCAUAAUUUCCGAUUUAACUAAAGAGCUCACUCUCGAUACUCACUCUUCUGAUAAUUCAAAUAGUGUUUCUUCUGAAUAUCCUAGUCGAAUUAAAGACAUUCCCAUUCACAAUAGUUCCAUUAAAGGAAGAAAACUUGCUCCUCUUCCCAAUCAUAAUAGUUCCAUUGGGACUCCAAUAGCUGGAGAAAAAGGAGAAAUUUUACAGAACAGCAUCUCUACUUUAUCCAACAAAAAAAUUGACUACUUCCCAGAACAAGACUCUAAAUUAAAUCAACUUUCUAUAAAUCAAACCAUAAUUUCCGAUUUAACUACAAAGCUUACUCUCUAUACUAAUUCUUCUGAUAAUUCAAAUAGUGUUUCUUCUGAAUAUCCCAAUCGAAUUAAAGACCAAGAAUUUAAUGUGAUUCCCAUUCACAAUAGUUCCAUUAAAGGAAGAAAACUUGAUACUCCUCCCAAUCAUAAUAGUUCCAUUGGGACUCCAAUAGCUGUAGAAAAAGGAAAAACUUUACAGAACAGUAUCUCUACUUUAUCCAAUAAGAAAAUUGACGACUUCCCAGAACAAGACUCUAAAUUAAAUCAACUUUCUAUAAAUCAAACCAUAAUUUCCGAUUUAACUACAAAGCUUACUCUCUAUACUAAUUCUUCUGAUAAUUCAAAUAGUGUUUCUUCUGAAUAUCCCAAUCGAAUUAAAGACCAAGAAUUUAAUGUGAUUCCCAUUCACAAUAGUUCCAUUAAAGGAAGAAAACUUGAUACUCCUCCCAAUCAAAAUAGUUCCAUUGGGACUCCAAUAGCUGUAGAAAAAGGAAAAACUUUACAGAACAGUAUCUCUACUUUAUCCAAUAAGAAAAUUGACGACUUCCCAGAACAAAACUCUAAAUUAAAUCAAUUUUCUAAAAAUCAAACCAUAAUUUCCGAUUUAACUACAAAGGUCACUCUCGAUACUCACUCUUCUGAUAAUUCAAAUAGUGUUUCUUCUGAAUAUCCCAAUCUGAUUAAAGACCAAGAAUUUAAUAUGAUUCCUAUUCAGAAUAGUUCUACUAAAAGAAGAAAACUUGGCGCCCUUCCCAAUCGCAAUACUUUAAUUAAAAAAAGAAAACUUGGUACUUCAAGAGCUGUAAAAAAAGGAGAAACUUUACAGGACACCACCUCUACUUUAUCUAACAAGAAAUUUGACGACGUUCCAAAACACGAUGACACUAGGUCUUCUGAUAUUGCAAACAUUGAUAAUGAUAAUGUUUCUUCUGAACAUUCCUAUCGAAUUGAAGAGCAAGAAUUUAAUAUGAUUCCCAGUCAGAACAGUUCCAUUAAAAGAAGAAAACCUAGUACUCCAAUAGUUGUAGAAAAAGAAGACACUUUACAGAACAGCAUCUCUACUUUAUCUAACAAGAAAAUUGAGGACUUCCCAGAACAAGGCUCUAAAGUAACUGAUGAGACCAAAAUUAAUUCGUCCAGUAGUUCAAAUCAAAUUAAAAAGAAAAAUCUAAUCAGAAAAUCCCGUCUAAAUUACAACAGAGGGAAUGUCUUUCAAAAUUUUCCAAAUGAAACAAACUCGACUUCUCAAAAUACCUCUAAUAAAUCCAAUUCAACUCCAUUUCGAAAUAUCGAUUCUGAGGCUUCGUCGUCUAAAUCAAAUAGUUAUAAUGAAAUAAGGAACAAAAAUACAAGUGUUAAUGAAAAUAAAGUUAGAAAGAGAAAACUGGCGAAUGUUCGAAAAAAAUUCAUUCCCCCACGUAAAUUAAGUGCUAAACAAAUAAAGGAAGAAUUCGAAGAGCAAGAUAGAGAAAUUAUGAACAACGGUACACCAAAUUCCGCGAAUAUAAGUAGAUACGUAGAACGAAGCAUGAACCGGCCAUCUGUAAACCAAAUUCAAAAUACCACUUACUUAGGAACUUUAAGGAAAAACGCAGAAGGAUUUAACUUAAUUGUACCUAAACCGAAAGUUUAUAAAAACAAAAAGAACGUCAUAAAGAGCGACUCUACUAACACUAUUGACAUUACGAUUUUCAGCGAUAGAAACGCUAACGCAUUCGAACGGUUCAUCACUUCCGAUGAGACGGAUUUUAGAAAUUUUCACUUUAGCAAUCAAAAAACUGUUACCACAGGCAGUCAAAGAAGCGAGGAUAUAUUUGAUUAUUACAUGAGUCAUAGUCAAAUUAAAAGUACUCAAUCUCAGAACAACUUUAAUAUGACGUUAACUCCGAAUGGAUACUAUAAACAAAAUAAAAUGGAUAUUAAUAAUGUAAUAAACAAGUACUUGUCGAAUAAUUCGUGUUCAAGCAUCACGAGAUUCAAUGAAUCACAAUCGGAAAAGGCAAAAAACAUAUUCGAAAGCAAUCAUUCAGGAUUAGACGAUUUUGAUUUAUAAUUAAUUAAAUUACCAACGAAAGUAGACUUUGUUUCAGUAGUAAAUGGUAGGGGUGGGCAAAACAAUCGAUUAGUCGAUUAAUUUUUUAGAAAAAUUUAUUAAUCGGUUAUGUUCGAUUAAUCGAUUAUUUUCGAUUAUAAUCGUUUAAUUUCUUGAAAUACGAGUAUAUUCUAUUAAUCGAUUAUUUUCGAUUAAUCGGUUAUUUUCAAGUAAUCGAUUAUUUUAAUUUAUAAUUAAUUAAAUUACCAAUGAAAGUAGACUUUGUUUUAAUAGUAAAUAAUAGGGUUGGGUAAAACAAUCGACUUGUCGAUUAAUUUUUUUUGUUUGUUUAAUCGAAUAUGUUCUAUUAAUCGAUUAUUUUCGAUUAAUCGUUUAUUUUCCGCAAAUCGAUUAUUUUCUAAUAUUCGAUUAUUUUUCAAUAAUCAAUUAUUUUCGUUUAAUCGAUAAUUUUCAAUUAAUUGAUUAUUUUCAAUUAUCUGUUUGACUAUUUUCGAUUAUUUUCGAUUAAUCGAAAAUUUCUUAAAUCUCAAUUUAGCAGAUUUCGAUAUAUUUUUAUAGUAUGUUACACAGGGUGGGCCAAACCUCUGUCGUAGUUCUAUAACUCCUACUAUGCAAAUCUUAGUGAUUUAUUUGAAGUAUUCUUGCUAGUAGGGCCAAAACCAAAUAUCCGACAAUUAUUUUCUUGUGUACAAGGUGGAAAAUCACUAUUUUUUUUUAAAUGGAAUGACCCAACUUUUUUUAAAAUUGUAGGACUCUAUGGUUACUACAUAUCUACAAAAUAUUGAUUCUAAAAUACCACCUCUUUCGUAGGAAAAAAAAAUUACCGAAAAAUUAUUACAAUUUCAGGCGCCUAUUAAAAUAUGCAAUUCUCUCUCGAAUAUAUCGUUAGAAUUUAAAAAAAACUAUAAAUGUAUAAAGCUAAUAGACUAAAGAUAUUUUAGACCGUUUUAAUUUUUCAUUUUGUACAGGGUGGUCACAAAUUAAUUUUACUUUCCAAACUUUUCCAAGAAUUUUUUUCAAAUUGUUCAAAUGGAACACCCUGUAUUACUAUUCAUCACAAAAGAAGAAUUUUAUACCCUUCAACUUCCCCAUGUACUUAUUUUACGUCGUUAAAAAAUAAAUAUCAGUGAGAUCGAUUUUACCCGAUUAUAACAUUUUUAAAUAAACUAUUAAAAAAAUACCCUGAAAGAACUCAUAAUUAAAAAAUUAAAGUAUUACAUUACUCACCAGUCUUAUAUUAUAUUUCUUUAUUUACCUAUUUCUUUAUAAAGGCGGCCAAAAGACUUGUUUUUUACGCGGCGUCAGCCAUUUUCUGCUCAUCUCACAACCGCCAGACCGUCAUCAUCCUGUUUUUUAAACUCAACAAUGCAAUACAUCUGUAAAAUACCAAAUUCGGUUUAAUAUACUUUAUUAUUUUGUCACAUUCUACUUUUUACUUUUUUCUAAAACAUCUUAUCAAAUAAAGUACAAUUUAAAAAUGCAACACGUUCACGAGGUCACGACUGUCAUGAGAAUCAUGAAGAUGAAGGAAUUUUAAGUGACGUCUAUUCUAUGUCAUCAAUGCGAUGUCAAAUACAUGUUACUGAUUAGGAUAUUGUAUUUUGGAUAAGUUAAUACUAAAAAACUACGACAUAAUGACAAGUCUGUAUUGACGUCUAAUUAACGUUGCAAAAACGACGUCAAAGUAACGUCAUUAAUUGGGAUAGUGUCGUUUCUGACGAGUAAAACCAAAAAAUCACGUCAUAAUGAUGGCACCUUGUUGCUUGGGGCAUCUUUACAACACUUUUGACAACGGUGAACAUGGCACACUACUAUUUUCAUUAAUCUUACAGCAUAUGUGACAAGUUAUGCUUACGUUUCCGUUAUCAUAAAAAUACCGUGGUUGAUAUUAGCCAGAGACCGAUAUUCUCCCACUUUCCCCUUUUUAUAUAAAACACACUACACUAAAUUAUAAACUAACGUUUUAAAUUAAUAAAAAAAAUCGCAAAUAUUUUAUAACUAAACGUUUCCAAACACAACCUCUAAUCUAACUUAUUCUUCUAUCAAUCGCGGCGUGCCACUGAGGUGAUCAUGACAAAAUUUAGUUUCUGCUACUGUCGUCAUCUAUGACGCAUCUGUACUCUGUACUCUUUACUAUUGAAACAGAGUCUAGUAAGUGUUGUUAAGUAGAAUAUUUAUAUUGUUUGUAGUGUUUGUAAUUAUUGUUGUUAUAGUUCUUAAUAUUGAAAAAAGUUUAAGAAUAAAAUU